UGCACCGACCCUCCCAGGACACCGAUGAAGUUUGAUAAUGGAGCAGAUAACACGAGUCUGUGCAGGAGGUUCCUCUGCAGCUGCAGCCUUACAACAAGUCACAUGACUUACAGAAAGUGAGCUACAAGACUCCGUCCAGAGAAGAAGAAACUCUGCCGCAGAGCUCACUUUCCUGUCAGACUUCACUCCACCAGAACCUUCAGCAACAGACUUGACUUCUGUUUUCUGCUCUCUGUUUGGAGGAUCAGGAGGACCCAGAGACCGCCUUCAUGUCGACCGCUGACCUGCUGCUGGAGCUGAUUUUCUCCUGGAUCGAGCAGAGGAAGCUCUGUGCAGAGCGGCUGAGGAAACUGGCCCAGGAGCUGGAGUCGCUCAGGGAGAAAUGCAACGGUGGGCAAUGUGUUGGCAGCACAGUGUCGGUGAUUGGUGCCGCAUGUCUGAUCGGGGCCGGCUUGACCACAGUGUUGACCGCCGGAGCAGCUGGUCCAGCUCUAGGUGCGGUAGGAGCAGCAUAUACAGGUAUAGGUCUCACCGUAUCUGUGGCUGCCCAAAUCAUUGAGCACUUCGUAUCCAGUGACACCAUGAAAGAGGCGCAGAAGAUUGAAAAAAAGAGCAACGAAAUUGAAGAAAAAAUUCAGAGACUGUUCCAGCAGCUGAAGGCGGAGAGGGAGGAGGUGAGUUCCUUCCCAGACCCAGAUGAAGUGGACCGACACAUCAUGACUGAGGUUCUGAGAGCCGUGGCCAGACGAAGUGGACUGAAGCAGAAGACUGUUGACCGGAUACUCAUCCGCGCUCAUGAGGACACCUUUGUUUUGGAUGUAGGACCCAGAAUCAGGCUCGAGGAGACCGUUGGACUGAUAGAUGUUCUUGUUGUUUUAACAUUUUUCACAUUCGAACUUAGUGGGAAAAAAUACAAACUUGUAUUCACUAAAGCAGCUGAACAACUCAUCAAAACAAUGACUUCAACUGGAUUUAAAACAGCCCUGAAAGGAGGUGCCAUGGUUGCGGGAGGAGCUGUUGGUCUGGCGUUUGCACUUCCUGAGGCAAUUGACAACUGGAAAGAGCUGAUCAAGAACAAUCACGUGACUGAAGCGAGCCAAUCACUGAGAGAUACAGCUGACGCUCUUCUAAAGAUCAGCCGGACACUGAGGGAACAGCUGAACAACAUGAAGAAGAUGUUUGACGAGAUGGCUAAACGUGAACGAGAACAUGAGGAAAAACUUUCCAGAGAGAAAGAAAAAAAGGAAGAAGAAAAGAGGAGAAACCAGAAGAAACCAGAUCAAAGGCACAUGAACAAACACCACGAUCAAACUAAACAGACUUUUACUUUUUAUUUUUUUAUUUUUUUAUUUAUUUUUUUACUUUUUUGUUUUUUUAGAGUCUGCAUUCGCAGUGAAGACACCAACCAAACACCUCCCACAGCAAUAAGGAUGGGGUUGCUCAAUGUUCGGUCGAUGAAUAACAAACCAUCCAGGAUCAGAGAGCUCAUAUCGCAAAACAACCUGGACGUCUUUGCCACAACAGAGACGUGGUUAAAUGACGACACCGGAGACGCAGUCCUCAGUGAGGCUUCACCAGAAAACUUCAGAUUUUAUCACGAGACGAGGGGCAGUAGAGGGGGAGGGGUAGCGCUUCAGUUCUCGCAGCAGCUGCGGGGUGAACAAAUUCAUUUUGACGUCACAGUAACAUUUGAAUAUGUUGCCGCAGCUCUGCAACACGAUGAGUGGGACGAACCUGUCCUGAUCAUCAAUGUGUAUCGUCCACCGGGGGACAACUCGAACCAAUUACGUGCAUUUCUGGAUGAGUUUCAAAGGCUCUUGAAAGAAGUUUUUAAAAAGUACAACAGCAUCAUUGUGACUGGUGAUUUCAAUAUCUGGGUUGAUCGUAUGUCCUCUUUGGAGUUUGAUUUUUUUGUGUGGAUCAAUAACCUCGAUCAGCAUGUACAGGAGCCAACACACAGCAGAGGUCACACUCUGGAUCUGGUCCUCACCAGAAAUGUUCAAAUCUCUGGUCUCACAGUCAGGAAUGAUGGGAUAUCAGAUCAUUACACUGUAUAUUUCAAUGCAAGGCCAGUGUCAAAAGACACGAAGGAGAAAACUGAAGAAGAAAUCGAUCAAGACGAGCAGAUAAAACGAUUGAAACGCAGAGAAGAAUGAACAACAGCGUGGAGGAUUCAGGAGGAUCUGUUGGCACAAAUGUUUUCAUAGAAUAUAAUCAGCUCAUACCUUAGAAUGAGUCUUUGUAUCCGCAGACGGAGCAGCUCCACCUCCAGCAUGAUGCACCGCCACGUUUCUACAGGAGCCCAGAACAGACCAUAAACACUGAGUGUACAGAAAGACUUUCACAUUUUACAGGAGUUUCAGGUCCACUGCAGGCUCUCCUACACAAGGGAGGGUGAGGUGAGGCUGUUCAGUUGGUUGCAAUCUGCAGUCCCACCAUUAGAUGCUCCCCCAUCCUGCAGAGUGGACCUUCAACAUACUGAACUGUCUUAUAUUACUGUGUCACGAAAAAACAAAUCACACAGCUUAUUGUGGCUCUGUGUACUUCCUGAAUUAAACAACUUUUACAUUUUUACAGAGCGGAAGUGCACUUCAUAUUAAUAUAGAGCAACUAAAUGAAAUGUUUUUCAAUAUUAUUGUAAACAUUACUGUAAAAACCAGAGUGUGUCGCAGGAUUGACCUUAGUUCAGUCCAACAAAAAACGGGCGGUGCCAGUCAGAGUCACGUCUGACAAAAAAAUAAUUAGAAAUCAAAAACAAAAACAAGUUUUCUCAACUCGUACAAAACACAAUAACAAGUACGAUAUUUUCAGAAAUGAAAAAGAAACAGUCCACAACUUUUCCAAUUUUCCCCAAAUAUAUUAAAUCAUUUGACAAUUAUUGUUAUAUAUAUAUAUUAUUUUUCACAUUUUUAAUUGUUUUUAUUGUUACUUAUUUGCCUAUUUGCACAAUUAUAUUGUUCUUAUUUGCACCUUCCAUACUACUUCCAUCAGCCCCCCGUUCUAAAGAGCUUCUGUAACAGGGAAUUUCUGCAUUGUGAGAUUAACAAAGCGUUAACCAUCAAUCUGUCACCACACAGACUGACAGACAUGUUGUUCUGAGCAAUGAAUAAGAGCUUCAGGUAGGCAGGAUUUGUAUUCCGCAGGGUUGGCUGGAAGACGGUGACUGGAGUGUGGAUGAAGUGGGUGUGGAUGGAAGGAAUGAACUCAUGACCAGCGGGGAAAGAUGUAAUUUAGACAACUGGGUCUUUACGUUUAAUGUAAUACACAAAUACUAUAAUAAAGAAUAAUGAAAGUCGUG